CUUGCGAUCGAUUGCGCUAGUGUAAAGUGCUUAUGUUAAUGCGCUGUUAAUGCACAGCGCUCAAUUGUUAUCGAUAAGUCCUGCGCAAGCGUAAAGUGCUGUAUAAUGUGCAUAAAUAAUAUUUGAAUUAAAAUUUGAAAUAUUUAAAAGUAAAAUGGAUAACGAUUUGCAUACGCCAGACAAUCAUCGUGGUUCCGUGUCCUCGAAUAAAUCACUGGAAAUUCCCGUAACACCCUCGCGUUCUCCCAAAAAAGUAUCCUUCUCCGAUGAGCUGCCGAGCAGCAGUGUUAACAGUUACAGUGCCACGCCCAGCAGCAAUCCGAAUGGUGCCAACAAUUCAACAGAGCCAAGUGGUGUUAGUCAAGUUCUGCAACAGGCCGUACAAUAUUUGGAGCGUUUACAUGGCGCACGUGAUUAUCCCGCGGAGGAUUCAGCGAUGCCAGCUGUACUCGAUUUGGAUGCACAAUCGCUGCAGUUGGAAACGCCAGUGUUAACAACGCCAACAUCGCCCAGCAUUCUGAUUGCGGAACCAGCAAAAACUCUUGACGAUGUCGAUGACGAUGGAAAUGAAAAUGGAAAUGGUUAUAGUUAUGACUAUGAAGGUUAUGGCGGAAAGCAGGAAGUGAAGCCACAAUCGAAUUUGUACAUGGAGCGAUACAAGCUUAAUUUAGAUAAAAACUGCAGCUCCAUGGAGCUGGAGGCGAGACGGGAGAAACAACGCUGGCUAUUGAUAUCGGAGUGCAGUGCUCGAUUUGGCGAGGGGAAGCACACAAGGGAGGCAUUCCGCAAACUAUUUCUGGAUGAGGAAUUUCAGCAGAAGCUCUUUCAACUCUUUGAUCUGGAGGGUAAUGGAUAUUUGCUGCAAGAUCGCUGGAUAGAGCAUCUCAAAGGUCGACUCACCGACGAUCGGCAAAUGGAUUUUGCGGAGCAAAUUGAAUCUGUGGCCUAUGUCAUUUGUGGUGAGAAGAGUCAAGUGUGCUUUAAGAACUUUCGCGAUAUCUGGCAUACAAGAGGCAUAUUGGACAAACUGUAUCGUUUGAUUGACAACGAUGGCACAAAUCUUAUAUCCACAAAUCAGGUUAUGGAGUUUAUUUCACAUUUAACCAACUCCAGACCCCGCACAGGUUUCGACAAGAGUUCCCUGGCGCGUCUGGAGCAACUUUUUCGUAAUACAGUGGGAAAUGAACAGGAGAUUCGAAGAGAGGAGUUUCAGAAAAUUGUCACCUCUAAAAAUCCGUUUUUUACGGAACGCGUUUUUCAAAUAUUCGACAAGGAUAAUUCGGGUUCGAUAUCCCUGCAGGAGUUUAUAGAUGCCAUACAUCAGUUCUCAGGACAAUCGGCUGAUGAUAAAAUACGUUUUCUAUUCAAGGUCUACGAUAUUGAUGGUGAUGGCCUUAUACAGCAUAAAGAGCUACACGAUGUGAUACGUCAUUGCAUAAAGGAGAAUGGCAUGGAAUUCUCGGAGGAUCAAAUCGAGGAUCUAACCAGCGCCAUGUUCGAGGAUGCUGAUCCUCACAACAGCGGUGAAAUCACCUAUGAAGCGUUGAAGAAUCAGCUACAUAAACAUGGCGGUCUGCUUGAGAAUCUCAGUAUUACCAUCGAUCGCUGGCUAGUUCCGAUUGCCGAGGAGCAGCCGACGAGCAAUAAAACCUCACGACUGUGGAAUACAAUACCUCACCAGCUAACGCUGGCUUAUAUGAAGAACAAUCAGGUCUUUGUCACGUAUCUGUUCUUCUAUAUAACCGUCAAUCUGUGCCUCUUCAUCUCACGUGCCAUUGAAUAUCGACUCAGCAAUGGAUUUGUCAUCAUUGCCAGAGCUUGCGGACAAUGUCUGAACUUCAACUGUGCCUGGGUGCUUGUGCUGAUGUUGAGGCAUUCGCUGACCUAUCUUCGUUCCCGAGGUCUAUCCUCGUUUCUGCCCCUGGAUCAUCAUGUCUAUCUGCACAAACUGACGGGAAUUACGAUCUCGGUGCUCAGUUUGGUGCACACGAUAAUGCAUUUGUUUAAUCUCACCAUAAGUGUGAUCAAUGAUCCCAAGAUUAAUGCUGGACAUUUUACUAUACCGGAAUGGUUACUUACGGAUCGUCCGGGCUUAUAUGGCCUCAUUCCGGGCUGUGCAAAUCCCACGGGAGUUGCACUUCUGAUAAUUUUAUUGGUCAUGUUUGUGUGCUCGCAACCAUUUGUGAGGAGAAAAGGCAGCUUUGAGGUCUUCUAUUGGACGCAUCUGUUGUAUGUGCCUUUUUGGAUACUCACGCUAUUCCAUGGUCCCAAUUUCUGGAAAUGGUUUUUGCUGCCGGGUUUGGUUUACAUUGUGGAACGUGUUUUGAGAUUUGUUUGGAUGCGUGGCGAGCAUGGCAAGACUUAUAUUAGCUCUGGUUUGCUGCUGCCCUCCAAGGUCAUCCAUUUGGUCAUUAAGAGACCGUAUAAUUUUAAUUUCCGUCCUGGGGAUUAUGUUUUUGUCAACAUACCAGCAAUUGCCAAUUACGAGUGGCAUCCAUUUACCAUUAGCUCGGCUCCCGAGCAGGAGGAUUACAUGUGGUUACACAUACGCACCGUGGGCGAGUGGACAAAUCGCCUUUAUCGCUACUUUGAGCGGGAACAGCAGAAACUGCACAAGGGCGAGGUGAAUACACAUAUGCAUGCCAUUCCCACGCCCAGUUUUAUGCUCUUAAACGAGACCAGGAAUCCCAUGUUGGCACCUGAUAAGUCGCGACUCUCGCCGACGCCUCAAACGGAUUUUCUGGCCCGCAACAUGGCCAGCAAUAACUUGAAUCCAGCUACUCCGCCACAGCGUCCACCCCGUCAACAUCGCAAAGUGGUAAACACCAGCUCACCUGCGGAUUCAUCCACAGCCGUCACAGGUGUGAAUCGCAUUCGCAGCAUCAAAAAGUCACUGCAACGCACCUUUUCCCGCAAGGAAUCCGCCGAACCAAAGCCCAAAGCCAACCAGAUCACGGGCAUGGCCAAUGGCGCCUUCGUUGCUGAUUCCGGAGAGCGUGAGGAACUGGGACUCAAGCAGAGGCCGCUGGAGAAGAGCAUCUCCUUGCCGGACAUCAGCAUGAAGAGCAAGAAACGCAGCAGGCUCAAGGCGCUACGCAACUUGGGAAGAUCCGAAUCGGAGCGUGCCUUUGAUGAUAAACAAAUGCGUCGUGCUCGGAACAAUAGUGUGGGAUUGGCCUAUUUAAGUCCACAGAAUAAGUCGCUGGCUCAGAGUUUUCGCUACAUGCGCAACAAGCCCACAAUUAUAGCCUUCAGGACGCCCAGCGUGGAUCAGAGUGACCUUCAAUUGACAGCAGCAACAGGAGCAGAAGGAUCAAUGGAUAAUGCCAUGACAGAUCAGGCAUUACGUCUAUCCAGAGCGGAAAGUGCAACCGAUAAGUUGCCUUUAAGCCGACUCAGUCUCGCAACGGAGGAUAAACCUUUGGAGGAUAACACACACACUACGGUGACGGUGACGGGCGGCAGAAAAUCACGUUUACGUCGUCCCACAUUUCUGCGCUCGUUGUCCACAUCCAUUACAAAUCGGGGCAUUAGCAAUGGAGGUGGCGGUGGCAGCUCCACAACUAACAACGGUUCCAAGGUCACACUUGAUGCGGGCGUCAUGGAGAUCUUUAUUGAUGGCCCUUAUGGUGCACCAUCAAGUCAUAUUUUUGGGGCCCAGCAUGCCGUGUUAAUUGGCACUGGAAUUGGCGUCACGCCCUUCGCCUCCAUCUUGCAGUCCAUAAUGCACCGUUAUUGGAAGGCGCGUCAUAGUUGUCCACGCUGUCAGUUCGAGUGGGCGAGUGAGAUACCCAAAUCUGUGAUGAAUCUGCGCAAGGUGGACUUCUUCUGGAUCAAUCGCGAUCAGCGAUCCUUCGAGUGGUUUGUCAAUCUGCUAUCGCAGCUGGAAAUCGAGCAGGCGGAACUGGGUGGUGCCAUGGAACGUUUUCUGGACAUGCACAUGUACAUCACGAGCGCCUUGCAACGCACGGACAUGAAGGCGGUUGGCUUGCAGCUGGCCUUGGAUUUGCUCCACGAGAAGGGCAAGCGUGAUCUGAUCACAGGUCUCAAGACGCGCACGAAUGCGGGACGACCCAACUGGGACAAAGUGUUCAAGCAGCUGCAGGCACAGCAGAAGGGCAAGGUCACAGUCUUUUAUUGCGGGCCACCACAGUUGGCCAAAACGUUGAGGGUCAAAUGCGAUCAGUAUGGAUUCGCCUUUCGUAAGGAGUGCUUUUGAGAUUGCUGCUUUGUGCAUUCAUUGUGCUUUAUCCUCAUUAUCGUAGGGUUUCGGGUAUCUCAGUUUUCAAUUCUCAAAACUAUAUAUUUAUAUAUACAUAGAUAUGUAUCUCUAUAUCGUUAGCUAUUUAUUUGUCCUGUGUUUUUAUUGUUUUAUUGCCUCAUGUUGUCGCCAUGUCUCCAAGCUUGUAAAUAUAAUCACAAAUAUCUGCAUAAUGAUAAUACAUAAUUAAUUAUUAUAAAUAAAAGUUGUUACUCAA